UGGUGCUGGUUUCUCAGCCAUCCAGUGCCAUCCUCAUCGGUGCAGCAGCACACGCGCUCUCCGCCGCCAUGACUGAGCAGAUGACCCUUCGUGGCACUCUCAAGGGCCAUAACGGCUGGGUAACACAGAUCGCUACUACUCCUCAGUUCCCGGACAUGAUCCUAUCCGCCUCUCGAGACAAGACCAUCAUCAUGUGGAAACUGACCAGGGAUGAGACCAACUAUGGAAUUCCACAGCGUGCUCUUCGAGGUCACGCCCACUUUGUUAGUGAUGUGGUUAUCUCCUCAGAUGGCCAGUUUGCCCUCUCAGGCUCCUGGGAUGGAACCCUGAGCCUCUGGGAUCUCACAACGGGCACCACCACGAGGCGAUUUGUGGGCCAUACCAAGGAUGUGUUGAGUGUGGCCUUCUCCUCUGACAACCGGCAGAUUGUCUCAAAAAAAAAAAAAAAAACCAUCAAGCUAUGGAAUACCCUGGGUGUGUGCAAAUACACUGUCCAGGAUGAGAGCCACUCAGAGUGGGUGUCUUGUGUCCGCUUCUCGCCCAACAUCAGCAACCCUAACAUUGUCUCCUGCGGCUGGGAUAAGCUGGUCAAGGUAUGGAACCUGGCUAACUGCAAGCUGAAGACCAACCACAUUGGCCACACAGGCUAUCUGAACACAGUGACUGUCUCUCCAGAUGGAUCCCUCUGUGCUUUUGGAGGCAAGGAUGGCCAGGCCAUGUUAUGGGAUCUCAACGAAGGCAAGCACCUUUACACCCUAGAUGGUGGGGACAUCAUCAACGCCCUAUGCUUCAGCCCUAACCGCUACUGGCGCUGUGCUGCCACAGGCCCCAGCAUCAAGAUUUGGGAUUUAGAGGGGAAGAUCAUUGUAGACGAACUGAAGCAGGAAGUUAUCAGCACCAGCAGCAAGGCAGAACCACCCCAGUGCACCUCCCUGGCCUGGUCUGCUGAUGGCCAGCCUCUGUUUGCUGGCUACACAGACAGCCUGGUGCGAGUGUGGCAGGUGACCAUCGGCACCCGCUAGAAGUUUGUGGCACAGCUUUACAAAUUAAAGAAAAAAACUGGCUUUUUUGACUUU